AGUCCCGGUAAUUUGGAGUGACAACAUCAGACGCUAGCCAGGAAAAGUAAAACGUUUGAUGGUCUGUACACAUUCUAAAAGGAAGACGUCAGUGUAUUCAAGAGAAAUGAACUGACUCAUUAUCCCCUCAGAUUUGAUUGGAACACGCUGGUCAUAAUUGGAGUUACCUCCGUUGACUGAAUUGAAGACAACUUAGACACAAACCUAUAGUCCAGACUUCAGGCAAAAUGGCGUCAAGGAGAAGCCAACACACUGAACAGCUGAAAGGCAAAGUCUGUGUCGUGACCGGAGCCAGCUCUGGGUUAGGGGAGAGCAUCGCCAUCAUGUUCGCCCAGAGAGGGGCAUCUGUCACCUUAUGUGGCCGGAAUGAGGACAGGCUCCAGGCCUCCUUGACCUUGUGUGUCCAGGCCAGUGGAGGUCAAGCAGGCCGCUUUUUGGCCGUGAGCGGGGACGUUGUCGACCCCUCUGCAAGGAAGGCGAUUGUGGAGAAGACGGUAGAGAAAUUUGGACGUCUGGACGUGUUGGUGGCUAAUGCUGGUGUAGCAGAUCCUCAAAGUGGGAUUCUGACUGCUAGUGAAGAAACCUUUGAUAAAAUAAUGAACACGAACGUAAAAGCUGUGUUCUUCCAGAUCCAGGAAGCGGUGCCACAUCUAGAAGCAAGUAAAGGCAACAUUAUCGUUGUUUCAUCCAUGUCGACACUCAUGGCGUGUUCACCCAACAUAGUGUAUCCGAUGUCAAAAGCGGCAGUGGAUCACAUGAUCCGAUGUCUGGCCGUCGACCUUGGGCCGAAAGAGAUCCGGGUCAACGCUGUGAAUCCUUCCCUCAUUCCUACAAGAAUUCGAAGAGACUACGCCCCCGAUGAAGAAACUAUGGAUAAGCAGUACGCCCAAGCGCUUGUGACAGAAAUUGAAAAACAGCCUCUGGGCAAUGUGGGUGUGACCAAAGAGGCAGUGGCUGAGGCUGUGAGCUUCCUAGCAUCGGACGCCGCCAGUUUCCUCACAGGUCUGUGUAUGCCGGUGGAUGGCGGCAGAUCUUUCGCGGGGACAUUUGGGAACAAGUCCUAGUGCUGGGGAAUCUACACACCGUCGUGUCCAGACUUUGGACUCAGAUAGCCGGAGACAGACUGUUUUUACACAACAUUUAAAGAGACCAAAUAGUGCUGAAAGAUCUAAACAAUAAAACAAAAUUAGAAUGAUAUUAAUUUGAA